AUGGCGGCGGCGCGGGGCUGGCCGCGGAGGCUGGCGGCUGCCGCUGGGGCGCUGCCUGGCGGGGGCGGCCCGGGACGAGCCCCGGGACCGGCCCCGGACACGGCCGCCCCCGCCACGGCCGCGCUCUACGUGCACUGGCCCUACUGCCGCAAGCGCUGCUCCUACUGCAACUUCAACACGUACGUGGUGCCGGCGGUGGACGAGGCGGCCGUGCGCGCCUGCCUGGUGCGGGAGGCACAGACCCUGCUCCGCCUCAGCCAGGUGCACAGCGUCACCUCCGUCUUCUUCGGCGGGGGCACCCCCAGCCUGGCCAGCCCCGGCACUGUUGCGGCAGUGCUGGAGGCGGUGGCGGGGGCCGCCCACCUUCCGGCUGGGGCUGAGGUCACGCUGGAGGCCAACCCCAGCUCCGCCAGCGCAUCUGUCCUUGACGGCUUCAGGGCAGCUGGGGUCAACCGCCUCUCCAUCGGCGUCCAGUCCCUGGAUGACGCCGAGCUGAGGAUGCUGGGCCGGGAGCACACAGCGGCAGAGGCACGGAAGGCUGUGGAAGCGGCUCGGGGGCUCUUCCCUGGCCGAACCUCCAUCGACCUCCUUUUUGGGCUGCCGGGACAGAGCCGGGACGCCUGGGCCCAGCGGCUGGAGGCGACCCUGAGGCUCUGCGACGACCACAUCUCCCUGUACCAGCUGACGCUGGAGCGGGGCACGGCGCUGGCAGCGCAGGUCCGGGCCGGGGCCCUGCCCACACCCCCCCAGGAUCUGCUGGCUGACAUGUACCACACGGCCCGGAAUGUGCUGGGGGCCGCCGGCUUCCGCCACUAUGAGGUCUCCAAUUUUGCGCGGAAGGGCGCCCUCAGCACCCACAACCUCUCAUACUGGCGGGCUGAGCAGUACAUCGGUGUGGGGCCAGGGGCACAUGGGCGCUUCGUGCUGCGGGCUGAGGGCGGCUGCAGCCGGGAGGCUCGAGUGCAGAUCCCGGAGCCUGUGGCCUGGAUGCGGGAGGUGCAGAGCCAGGGACACGGCACCAGGAGCCGGGCGGUGCUGAGCCCGCUGGAGCAGCUGGAGGAGCUGCUCACCCUGGGACUGCGCACGGAUGAAGGCAUCACACACGAGCGCUGGGGGCACUUCUCUCCGCAGCUGAGCCUGCAGGCCGUGUUUGGGGAGCCGGGGGAGGCUCGGGCACUGCAGCAGGAGGGCUGGCUUGUCCUGGACAGCGGUGGCCUGCGGUGCACCUGGGCCGGCCUGGCCGUGCUGGACUCGCUGCUGCCCGCCCUGCUCUGGCAGCUGCAGCGGGUGCUGGGCGCUGCCCGGCGCCCACCGAGGGGAGCCCCGGCAGAUGAACGAGCUGGUGGCGGGGCGCGAGGGCUGUAAGCGGCCACAAUGGAUAAUAAUGGAUAAUAAACCUCAAGAGCGGUG